AUGACAACGGAGGAGACGACAGUGAGGAAUAAGCAGGUGGUUCUGAGGGACUACCUAAUAUCAGGAAGUCCAAAAGAAUCCGACAUAAAAGUGGUCGAGGCUUCCAUGGAGCUGAAGGUUGCAGAAGGUUCGAAUCAGAUUCUGCUCAAGAAUCUUUACUUGUCCUGUGAUCCAGACUUUCGACACUUGAUGACCAAGGAAGGUCUUUCUGGUUUUCAUUUCACUCCUGGUUCUCCAGUAUUUGGAUAUGGAGUGGCUAAAGUUGUUGAAUCUCAACAUGCUGACUAUAUGAAAGGUGAUUUUGUUUGGAGCAACAUUAUGUGGGAAGAGUAUAGCCUGGUCUCUCCAGCAGGUCAAUUCCUCUUCAAAAUUGACUACAGCAACGUGGUCCCACUUUCCUACUAUGCUGGAAUCCUUGGGAUGCAUGGGAUGGUUGUUUAUGUUGGUUUGUUCGAAGCGGGACGCCCCAAGAAAGAAGACUUUGUACUUGUGUCGGCGGCGUCUGGGGCAAUUGGUCAUAUUGCUGGCCAAUUGGCAAAAUUGUGUGGUUGUUAUGUUGUUGGAACUGCAGGAAGUCAAGAAAAGGAAACACAAAAAAAAAAAGAACAAAGAGCACGAGAGAGUAAGAGGAAGAAGAGAGGAGAAAGAGAGGGAGUUAGGCUUGGAUCUUGGAGGCUUUACGACCGUUGCGAGCUCGGCUACACGAUAGGCGAAGGAACCAGUGGAGGACGGGGAAAUGAGCAGAGCUAGAGGUUGUUUGUGAAUUGUAAAGAACUGCAACCCCUUUCUUUUGAGCAAAUCUAUUGUAAUGUAUUUAGGAUUAGAGUGCUAGUAGGAUAUGAUUAUGUAUAUGUGUGUGAGUAUGUGUGGAUUGUAUGGCUUGUGUAUGAAUUUUUGUUUGCUUGUAGACUUAUGGCUAGGAAACUUAGCUAUGGUG